ACAAAGGGAGAGAGACCAGAGAGGGACAAGGUUGGUCACACUAUAGAAUCCAGGGGCAGAAGGCCACAGAGAAGAAUUACAGGCGGUAUGAGCAACCCUGUAGGAAUCAAACUCAGCCAGACACAAUGAAACAGACCUUGUCCAGCCAGUGUCUGAGCACUAACAUGAACAUCCAGCCUCAUUUGCAUACCUCUUGGAAUGGAGAACUCACUGCCUGCAGAGCUGCCACCCCCCCCCCCGCCCCCAACCCACCCCCCCUCUGCUCUUCGGUGAGCUCCUUCUCAAGGCAGCUGCUUCUGUCCUCUGUCCUUCAGCACCUGAUAACAGGGCUGGAGCCCCUGGAGCAAUGGCUCUCCAGUGAGCUGAGUACAGCCUGCCUGGCCCGUGCUAGGCAUCUGCCCCUUCCAAUCAGCCACACUUUCAGCUCCGCCCACAUGACUGUUCUUCAAAGGGAAGUCCAAACCCAUAUCCUAGAAUGCAGCCAGCGCUCUGGUAAAGCCCCCUAACUUCCAACACUCCCUGAACAGAGCCUUGAGACUUCCAGCACUCCCUGCAGCCACCAACCCACAUAAGGAGUUGUCUGGCAGAAGCCCCAUCUGCCACAACAAAGAGGGGCUAAUUUAUUCACAUUCUCCUCCUGCCAACGCCUCCUCAGUGACACAGGCGCUCGCACAGGCAAGCAUGUCCCCAAACGGCUGUGGGACGGUCAUACCACCUCUGAUUCCAGGACCUUCAAUGGGUUCCAGGGGGAACGCUUCGUCAACGCGUUUCACUUUUCUUCAAGUCAAGUCAUAAAUUUUAAAUGAGACCUCAUCGCUCCCUUUCAAACCUAAAUGAAUAAACCAGUAAAUUACAUUUCCUGCAUGCUCCCUGCGAGCCUCCCGCUCCCGCUCUUUCAAUAACUACAAUUAAGAAGGGCUGUCUGGGGGAGGCUGCCUCUGCCAGGGCUUUCCCGGCAGGAAAUGCCAUUUCUUUUACAAAAGAGUCCUUCUGCUUUCGGUGUUAAAGGGACCUUACCCAAUGCAUGUAGGUAUCUAUAAAUUUGCAUGCUGCACAACUCAUUCUGGUGCGCAGAUCCAUGUUGGACGGAUGCAAACCUUUGGCAUACAGUUGGGAAGUCACCAUUGGAACCAGGGCAGUUCUGUGACCUUGGACGAUUUCCUCAGGCUGUGGGGUGUCAGUAAUCUUCUUUUAAUUUGAAUAUAUCUGGCAUUAAAUUUGCGUUCUUAUCCAUAACAGUUCUGCACAGUUAACAACCACCAUGAAUAGUUACAUUGUUGUUGGCUGCUUACAGCAGGUAACUCCUCCCUUUCCAGCAAUAUUAUCAGAUGCCAGCAGGGGGCGCUGCUCAAGCUCAAUGGUGGGGGAGGUAUGCUCUCUUUUUGGUUCUCCAGAACAAACGGCUUAACUUCUCAAUCUUAACACUAUGCUGCCUUUACCCAGGAGGGCUCUUCUGUACCCUCACACCAGCCCUGAAAGGUAAGUGUUCUAACUCCCAUUUUAUAUGAGAAAGUAAAGCUUAGAAAGGCAAAAGACCUGGAGGAACUGGGACUCAAAUUCAUGCCAUGGUUUUAUAACAUCCAAUACUAUGUUAAAACCAUUGUUAUCUUGGUGGCUCCAUCCCAAGAAGGGUUCCCAGGCAGAGUGGUUUGCUGGGAGGCCUCACAGCUCACAGGGUACAGUCACACGGUCAUGACCUACGUCAAGAGGACACAGAGCAAACUCAACAGAGAGGAAUGUCAGGGAGCAGAGCCAGGCACCAAACCAGCUCCUGGGAAAAUGACACAGGGCACAGCCAUGUCCAGAGACACAACGGUGAAGUGCUGUCUAAUGGAGAAGCUCACGGGAGGUCAGGGCUUUAGCAGGGGCUAAUCACACAGGUAUUGAAUUCUGAACCUACGCCUCAGAUUCCUAGAUGGUUGGAUAAGUAGCCCCUAACACUCAUGUGCUGGAGGCUGAGUUCACAGGCUAUGUGACUGUGGGGUGACAGUCUCUUCAGGAAGCAGAGCCCAGCAAGAGGUCUUUAGGUCACCAGAGGUGUGAUCUCAGAGGGGACAGUAGGGUUCUGGUAGCUUCUCUCUUCCACUUGCUGGCCUGGGGGGUGAGUUGUGUGCUCCACCACACACACCUGACAGGUUGUGCUGUUCUUGCCAGGGGGCUGAAAGAGAACAUGGGGCUGUAUGUAGAUUCUGACCCGGAUCCCUCAGAACCAUGAGCCAAAGCAGGGCCACUCUGUCACGUUCACUGCAGGUAUUGCUCCGUGAUGAAAUGUGGACACAGGUGUGGACCACAUUCCGCAGUGUAGGAAGUGCCCACCCCCACUUCUGGGAAUGGCUUCCAGAAGUCCGGGUCCCCGGAAGCCAGCCACAGGCCAACCUUGCCAGUUGAUCAUUCUGAAGUGACAGUCUCAGGCCAGUUACUUAGGCUUUGCUCUGCACAGGGAGAGAACACUCCACACAUCACUUCCCAGUGAGGCCCACCAGUGACAGCCCAUAACCCUUGCAGGACAGACAGCUCCAGUCCUCACAGUGCUCUAGUGUGACCGCAGGCUGCGCAGGGACCAGAGGCAGGAUAGCUGGUAUGAUGGGUGUGGUCAAGGAAACCCACUUAGGGUUCUGUGUAUGCUGUGUACCCAGUGCUAAGCUUUAGUCCCAGCUCUAGCUUUUUUUUUUUUUUUCCCUUCGAGACAGGGUUUCUCUGUGUAGACCAGGCUGGCCUCGAACUCAGAAAUCUGCCUGCCUCUGCCUCCCAAGUGCUGGGAUUAAAGGCGUGCGCCACCACUGCCGGGCCCAGCUAUGAUUUCUUCAGAUUGGGUACAGGUGCCCAUCCUCCUCAGAACCUGAGUCAGUCCUUGGCUGGCUGGCUCUGUGGACUUGGUCUGUGGCAAGACAGAGUCUUCAUAGUAGAAGGGUAGAGUACAAGAAAGCUGUUCACCUAAUGGCUGUUAGGAGGUAGAGGGAAGAUGAAAGGUGGCUCCUGGGACAAGACUUCCCCCACCAGGGCAUGGCUGCCCACUUACAUUCUCUAGUUAAGCCCUACCUCCUGAAGACUCCACCACUCCCAACAGUGCCAUAGCUGGGGAUUAAAGCUUUAACACACAAGUCUUCCAGCCAUGGCAUCCCCCCUGCCUGCCCUCCACAGGCAGAUGUAAGGAACACUUGAAGAGCCCUUGCAAUCUGCCACGCUGUCCUAAGGAGGGACCCAGGGACACAGCAGCUCAUGUUACCUAGACCAGGCCUUCCCAUUGUGCUUGCUUGAAGCCCUCUGCUGACCUCUGCUGACACAGCCUAUCUGGUGAUGCCAGAGGCCAUGACCCUUAACCAUCAGAAUCACCAUCACUCGGAGAAACUGCAGUGGCUCAACGUCCUGCAGGCUGGAGAUGGAUGACAGCCAUCUUCAAAGAUCCCAGGACCUAGCAUCUCACCUUAGUGUUAUCAGGGCUGUCAUCAUGCUAGAAGGAGCAGGUUUUCCUUCCAGUCUACCUUUUACUGGAAUAAAGUGGCUUUCCUGGAAGGCCAGCUCUCGGCCAGUCCAGUCUUUUUUUUUGUUUUUGUUUUUUUUGUUUUUGUUUUUUUUGUUUUUGUUUUUUUUGUUUUUGUUUGUUUUGUUUGUUUUGUUUUUGAGACAGGGUUUCUUUGUGUAGCCCUGGCUGUCCCGGAGUUCACUCUGUAGACCAGGCUGGCCUCGAACUCAGAGAUCUGCCUGCCUCUGCCUCCCAAGUGCUAGGAUUAAAGGCGUGCGACACCACCGCCUGGCCCAGUCCAGUCUUCUAAAUGGAUCAUUUUCAUCUUUCUAACUCUGUCCUAUUCAGUGCUUGCUCCCUUCUGCUCACACUCAGCCCAGGAAAUUCACAAUGGUACAACCCCAUCCAUCCCAGGGCAAGACACCAGGUCACGGUCACUCAGGUCAGAGUGGUCCUAAUGACCUAGCACCACUGGGUAGGCAAAAUCAUACCAGGGAGACUCAGCUGCCUGGGAGUCUAAGUGCUGUCCACUGGUGCUUAGGUGGGUUAUGAACCAUUGUCUGCUUGGAAAGAGAACACUGCCCUAUACCUCUGGGAUGCGGGAACAUAAUGAUGGUGUCUGUGUUAGCUCUAUGGGUCUGCACAGAUCAAAGGAUCUGUAUUAUUGUUCCUGCAUGUAGUGAUCUGUCUCCCUACCCCUUUCAUUAAAUGGGCCCUCAGUGGCUCAAAUGAAAGAUCGUCCCACAUGCCUCAGAGAUUUCAGUUAAUAGUGCCAAAGUCACCCCCCAGGAGACUCUCUGCUUGUAUUAAGACACACAAAAGCAAAGACUUUAAUGAUCAACGUGCCAAGCAGGCUUGAUAAUUUAUGCUCAUAAUCACGGGCUGGAUGUGGAAGGAGCUCUGGUUUAAUCCCACUGCCUGCAGCCUGUGACUCAAAUCCCCUCCCUCCGCAUUCAUGAAAGGCUUUGGAACACGAGGCCCCUUUCUUUGUCCCUCUCACAGAGUGGCAUUCGCUGCCUCUCCUGGUUACCUGGUAACACGUACCUCAGGCUUCUAAAUAGAGCGGGAAUUCCAACCAAGGUGAAUUUCCUAAGACUCUCAGAGAAGCUGCUGGGGCUCAAAGGCCUGAGACUGGGGGAUGACAGCGAUCUGCCAAGAGUCAGGAAAACUGACCUGCAGCCCUGCCUCAGCUGGGGUCAGCCGUGCAGCUCCAGGAAAUCCCCUUGGGUGUGCCUCAAUGUUCCCUUCUAUUAAGGCAGUGGUUCUCAACCUGUGGGUUGAAACCCAUUUGGGGAUCAAAUGAACCUUUCACAGGCGUCGCCUAAAACCGUUGGAAAACACAGAUAUUUACAUUACGAUUCAUAACAGUAGCACAAUUACAGUUAUGAAGUAGCGACAAAAUAAUUUUAUGACUGGGGGUCACUACCACAUAAAGAACUAUAUUAAAGGGUCGCAGCGUUAGGAAGGUCUAGGAACUCUGCCUUAAGAUGGGUAAGAUCCCCUCCCUCUCGUGGCUGCAAAAAUCAAGGACAACAAUAGGUACAAAGGCGAUGUCUAACAAUAAAAUAUUCACACACAGGCCCUCCGGGUACAAAGAUCAAAGGGCGCUCUAAUAUUAGGUAGUGGGCAGCUCUGAGCAAAGGCUUCUGGGAAGGGCAGUUUGCCACCACUGUCCCAGGGAAGCAUCACAGAGGCACUGUCACCACUCGGAAGGAGAUAAUCAAUAAUGAACCAUCACUCCAUUAAAGUGGAGGUGCCUGGGAGGAGCUGAGGAGUGACUGUCACCAACACUCAAGUAAAACUGUCUGUUUCCCUUCAAACAGGGUCCCCUGGGGCUUUGUUAAAAGUGCUCCCGCUGUGUCUUUUGAAUUAAAGAUAGCUUUAGGGCAGCCCAGAAUGAGGUGCAUCUAGUGUAGGAAAAACAGUCCCCUGUGCACGGGUGCCCAUACCUCCCUGAGACACAAGGACAAGGACCACACAAGCUUGUGAAGACAAGAGGUGACAGGGAGACAUCAUCAGGUCUGAGAGUCUGGGUCUACAGAUCAAACUGGGGAGAAUAGGAGCUCAUGGGAAGCCGUCAUAAACAAGCUUCCGAGGAACGGAGCAGCCCCAGGACCGCAGCAUCCACAGUACCGCGCACAGUCGUCCUUCAGCAAGAUGCUUGCUGCCAGCACAAGAAGGAGAUUCUGGGAAUCAGUGACCAUCGCAGGGCCCUCUGUGCCAGGCACCAGCUGGAAUCCGCAAGAAUCAGAGACGGGAAAGCUGCUGGGCUUCGGCUGGGACAAGAGGGACCCUGUCAACCAGGGACUGACACCCAUCCCAGAACCAGGCAGAUAAAUAUCACCUGUGACAACCCAGUGGACCGGGAGGUCUUCCUCCAUUACUCCCUCAUUCCAUCACUCUGCAUCAUUUUGGUCUUGUCUUUCCUCCAAAGACGAGAGCAUCGGAGACAAAGAGAUGACACCUCCUACCUCCUGGGGAACCACUUUGGAAUCAUCGUGCCUCUGGACUUCGUGGGGACUUUUAGUAACCGAUGGUCCUAUGGAGCUGCCUUUGGGGCCACAGCCAAUAAGGUCAUGUUCUUGUUCUCAGAAGGCUACCAGCCCCUGACGGUUCCUCAGUGGGCCCAAGCCUUUGUGCUUUUCAUCGGAGGCAUGGAGGUCGGCCUCUCCUACUUCCCUUUCUUUGCCUGCCUGUCCUCAGAGUUCCAGCUGGUCAGCUCCAUCCUGGGCUUCAGCUACUCCCUGACCUGGUUUGUGGUUACUGUUCUUCAGAUCUCACAGUGUCCCCAUGGGCAGUUUCUGGGGAGGUUCGAGACCCUCGUUUUCUACUGGCCCUCACUGUUGUGCCUGGGUUUCCUGCUGGGUCGUUUCCUGCACAUGUUCCUUAAGGCUCUGCCUGUCCACCUGGGCCUGGAGCCGCAGACAGAAGAAAAGUCGAUGCUGGAAGCCCACCAGGCAAAGCACGUGAAGCAGCUCUUGAGCAAGCCCCGCCCACAAGAAGGCGAAAAGUCUUGGUUUCAAACCAGGGUGUAUGAGUGGGACCCCUGCUUCCAGUUUCCCAGCAGGAUGGUCGGGACCCUGCUGCUGGCGUUCAUCUGCCUCUACCUUUUCAUCGUCAUUGAGUUUUGUGUGUUUCUGCACGUGAGAGACAAGCUGGACAUGUUUGAAGACAAACUGGAGAGCUACCUCACCCAUAUGAACGAGACGGGGACCUUGACCCCAAUCAUCUUACAGGUGAAAGAACUGAUCAGCGUUACUAAAGGAGUCUGGGUGGUGACCAUUUUGCCUGCCGCCCUCACAUGUGUCACCUAUCUCUUCCACAUUCUAGCCUGUUACAGAAAGCAUAUGAAGAGGCUAUGGGCUGGAGACAAACACUUCCUCCCUCAGAAGUUCCACAGUCCCUCUUCAGCAGCAAGUGUGGUGGCCAUUGCAAGGUACUCUGGCUGGCAGAUAGCCUACAUCCUCUGGGGCUACCUCAUCAUCCAUGUGGUUCAGAGCCUCUGUGGGGUGAUGCUCAUGUACGGCCUGGUGCUGCCCAUCAUCCACCACCGAGGCCUGGAGAUGCUGCAAGGAUUUGGCCUUGGGGUCCUCACCCUGUCCAUAGUCGUGGGCCUUAUAAUCCUACAAGUGUGGAUUGCUGGCACGUUCUUCCUGCAGCCAAAGCUGGGCACAUCCGACAAGCAGAAGCCCCUGGCUCUCAACAACAGGAGAGCCUUCCACAACUUCAACUACUUCCUGUUUUUCUACAACGUGCUGCUGGGCCUGGGGGCCUGCCUCUCCAGGCUGCUCAUCAGCUGCCUCCUGGGCACUUGGCUGAUCGCACGCAUCGACAGGACCAUCAUGCAGAGUGGCUAUGAGGGUGCAGACAUGGGCUUUGGUGCGUGGAUUGGUAUGCUCUUUGUGGAUCACUACCACACCAACCCUGUGUUGGUCAGCUUUUGCCACAUUCUGAUCACAAGCCACAAGGACAGGAAGCUGCAGAAGACUGUGAAAUACUGGUGCCUGAACCAGUCAGCAGGUCCCCGCUUCUCGGCCAGAGCCAGAACGAGGUGGUUCCUGCUGCAGACGCUGAUCAACAAUCCCAGGCUUGUCAUGCUCAGAAAAUCAAAAUCAGGUCAUAGUUCGGGCGAGUUCACACAGAUUCUGUUGACCUGCUCAGACUGCUGAUUGGGCCGCCAACUUCUGCUCCAAGGCCAGGCCAUCCCCUCUCACAAGGACCUCAGCUUACCUAGCAGCCAUUCCCUACAAUGGCACAGGACAACAUGGGCACUGUUCCUGCACAUGAUAGACGGCACUGACCACUUGUGGGGUGGCCAUAUAGACCAAUGGUUUAAGCCUAGCAUGAUCUCAGUCCCUUGGCACAAAAGAAAAACAAUAUAAAAAGCAAUGUCUGUGGAGCAAAUUUUGCCCAUCAGUGACCUCCACUAUUUGUGGGAAGGCCUCCAUGGGGUCAUCUAUUAAGAAGCAUGAAAUAGAGGCUGGAUAAAUGAGACGGCUCAGGGGCUGAGUGCAUUAGAUUUCACUUGCAGAGGACUCAAGUUUGGUUCCUAGCCUCUACACUGGGCAGCUCACAAGUGUCUGUAACUCUAGGGAUCUGACCUGUUUCCAGCCUAUUCAGGCACCUGCACAAAUGUGGCAGACACAUAUACAUAUAAGUAAAAACAAUUUUUUAAAAAUGAAUCUUUAAAGUAAUUUUAAAAAAGUAGUAUGAAGUGAACUUUCUGCCCUAUGACCUACUGGGAAUGGAAUCAGAGAUGAUAUAGGACUUCCUCCUAAAGAUAGUCUGAGUCUAUCUGUGGGAUCACCUACGAAAGCCAAGCAGAGGUGGAAUGGGCCUGCAUUCCAGGUGGAGUGCAGCAACACUGAUACAGGGUGAGCAGGAGACCCCAGGCAUUUUGAUGAUGGUGUUCAUGCAGCAUGUUGGAUACAAUGCUGAAAGAAGAUGAGGCUUACUCAAGAGACACAAGUGUCAGGCUGGGAGGUGUGGACAUUGUCCUUAUGUAAAGCCAGUACUACCCGAAUUUUCAUACUCAAAAUGGCCAGGACAGAUACAGUCUGACCAUUGAAAGUCUCUCCUGAGCCUGAGCAAGUGCCGUGAGGACCCAAAGUCUCCGAGUGCUUGCACCUGGUUGCUAUGUACACUUGGUCCUGUUGGCGCAUGCGUCAGAGUUGUCUCUUUUAGCUGAAUCUUUACAACAGCCCUUUGACAAUUUGUUUUGAGAAAAUGAAGAGCCAUCUCCCCACUCCCCACACAACACUCGUCACUUUCCAGCUCUGUGGUCAAACAACUUUUUCUUUCUCUAUUCACAGAUAUUUAUAUCUGCAAAAGGGGGCCAACAUCCCAACUCCAUGUAUCAGCUUGAGAAUAAAAUUAUUAAAAGCACUUAGACACUUUUAAGCUUGUGCCUGACACUCUAAACACUCAAAAGCAGACUCGGUUUUGAUUGUCUCUAUGGUUUGAGUGUAAACAAUGUCUCCCACAGGCCCAGGUACCUGUAAAGACCUUGGUCCCUAGGAUGGCACCAUGCAGAGGGAUGGCACCUUUGGGGCUGGUGCCUAGUAGGAGGUCCUUAAGUCACUGGAGGCAUGUCCUUGAAGGAGAUCAUGGGACUCUAGUCUUUCUGUUUCUUAACUGAUAGGAUGACUAUUUUUGCUUACUAGACAUCCCUACCCCACAUGACAUGGUGCCUCAUUAGAAGCCAAAAUCAAUGGGACAUUCCUUCUUAGACUGUGGCCUCCAAAACCAUGAACUCAAAUAAAUUUUUGCUCUCCAUACA